UUAAUAACUUUCCUUUAAGAGGUUAUGCGUGAAUCUAGGGAAAUGCAUGCUUUACACUGCCAAGGAUGCCUCUUUAUACAAUAUUAAUUUAGCAAAUAUUUCAAAAAAAUAUAUAAGCUUUUGAAACAAUUUGUUUUUUGCUUUGCAUUUAGAUUUGGAUUUUUGGCAUGGUUGAAAGAGAAACAAAUGCACUGAUCAUGUACCCUGUAUCAGAUCGUACAGAAGACACCCUCAUUCCUGUCAUAGAACGCCACGUGGAAAAAGGGUCAACUAUUUACAGUGAUGGGUGGUCCGCUUACUGUAAACUUAAUGACCAUGGAUACAACCACUUUACUGUACUUCAUAAGUAUUCUUUCAAGAAAACCUAUGUAAACACCAACACAAAGGAGGUAGUUGAAGUCCACACAAACAGAAUUGAAGGUGCAUGGAAACAUGGAAAAGAUCACUUCAGGAGACUGGUGGGCACCAAACUAUCUCAAUUUGAAGGACAUCUAGCAGAAAUAAUGUGGCGGUCAGCAGAGAGGGGCAAUGUGUACGAGGCAUUUUUCAAUUUGUUGAGAAGUGUUUAUGCAUUGGAUGGACCAGCACGGUACACAUACCCUUCUCCGCUGUUCAACACGUGGGAGGGAGUACCAGAAAGUCAGUCCAAAAUUGAUGAUUGGGAAAUAAGACCAGAAAACACUGAUGCAGAAAGCGAGGCAGAAUCGCAGAAUGAGACCUCUUCGGAAUUAUCAACACUACAGGAAGACAGCGGCACCAUUUUGCCUAACAGGGUGCUAUCAUCGGCUGAGUUACAGGAGCGACAGAUGCGUGAACAAUCAUCUCUGGAUAGAUUAUUUGAUGUCAUGUUCGAAGGGUCCGCAAGUGAGGACGAAGGAGAUUGUACCCUCACAGAAUCAACAGCUCCAGCAGGUAACCUGGUCUAUCAGAAAAAAAAUAUUUAAAUGUUAAAUGAAGUUUACAUAUAUUAGUAUUAAUAUUAAUUUUCAUUUCACAGUAU